GUUACGGGGGAUCUCCUUAAAUGCCUCCUGAUCAGCCACUGGUUCAGUAGGAACAACCAUAGCAUAGGUCUAGGCUAGAGACCAUAGGAUUCUGUGAUUGUGCACCUAUCACCAUGGUUGAGACCCGUACUGGGCUAGAGACUAACCCCUAUAGCAAGGAGCAACAAGAAAAGAUGGCCGCCUUAGUCAGAGAGAACAAGGAGAGAAAAGAGCGCGAGAAGCAGGCGAAGCUAAAGGCUAUCGCCGAUGAGCAGGCGGCGAAGAUGAAGAGAAUGGAGGAGGAGAUGGAGAGGGUACAACAGGAGGAGAAAGAAAGAAGGAAGGCUGCUGAAGCAGAAGCGGCAGCAGAAGAAGAGAAAGCGAGAAUGAGAAUUGAGAGUGGAGAAGGGAGCAGUGGUGGCACGAUGAAGUGGGAGACAGAUACUGAGCUGGAGAAGAAGAUCAGCGAGUGGGUCGCUAAUUUAUCAUUAGGGGAAGACGAGGAGGCGGAGUCCUAUGUGACUAAGGAUGAGAAGGCUGCGCUGUCCGCUGAGCUAGCAGCCAUGACAAACCCGAUGGAACGAAGAGAGAGGGAAGACGAGCAAAAGUUAGCAUGGAAGUUGAGAAUGAAGAGGGAGAAGAAGAGGAGGAGAAAGGACGUGAAUAAGAUGACCGCAGCAGUGGCAAAAGUGCAGGAGUGUAGAGCGGAGGUGCUGGCCCAGCCAGAUGAUAAGGCCAAAUGGGACAAAGUACUGGGCUACCUAGAGGUGUUGAGCAAGGCCUGGAUGGAAAAGCGCCAGGCCAGCUGGAGCCAAGACGUCGCGUUGAGUGCCAUGCGGUCCGGGUUUAGGGAUUUUGCGCGCAAAAUCGUCACCCACAUUGGGGGCGAAGUCAAACAGUUGAGGGACAAUGUAGGGAAGUUUUGUGAGGGCGCCAUUCUGGGUGCCAGAGCUGUAGCCGCUGUAGAGGGAGAGGCCAGACCCCGUAAGGACCCAGUGAAACUUAAGUUCCCAGAUGCCUACGGGGGAAAGAAAGAAGAAAACUUUGACAACUAGGAAGCCAGUGUCAAUAUUUAUAUUUACCCGCAACAUAUCCUAAUG